ACAUACACACCCAAACCAAUAUGUACUUCUGCAGUACGUAUAGGCUGACAGUCAAGAUAUGCCUGACCCUCCAGGUGGGUGUCAGGGUGCUCCAUGCUGCUGCUGACUCCUUGGCUGUGCUGCGCCCAGGCGUGUGGGCUGUGACUCAGCUGCUUGGCUGGGUGUUGUCCAGAUACUGCCUGGCAGAGAUAACUCGCCCCCUCUCCCGACAGCCUCCCUUUAUUCUUGGCUUUUUGUUUGUUUUUGUCAUCACACGAGAAAAGCUCCCCCGGGAACAGCAGUGUGUGUGGCGCAGCAGGGAUGACAGAGAAGGAGAGGUGUCCCAAAGUGGAGCAGUAUGUUGGUGAAAUUAAAGGUGGUCUGAGACCUGCCAUGAGAAUCACCAUCAUAGGGAUGGUACCUUCCAACCCCAAGAGCUUUUCAGUGACUCUGCUCUGUGAUCCAGUGGAUGCAAACAAAGAUGUUGGGAUGAUAUUCACAGUUAACUUCAGUGAGAAGUCCAUCACACGAAAUGCACGAAUUGAUGGGAAGUGGGGGAUGGAAGAGAAGACUAUACCCUACUUCCCAUUUAUAGCAGGGGACACAUUUAAGAUGGAGCUCUUAUGUGAACAUCAGCAAAUAAAGGUCUUGCUUGACGGGCGGCAGAUCUGUGACUUCACUCACCGCAUUCAGCCUCUGAACCUGGUGAAAGCUUUGCAGAUCACGGGCGAUGUCAAGCUUACCAAAGUGGCUUGAAAAAAAAGGAGUUCACAAUAUUACUAAGGGACAGAGACAAAUGCACUUUCUUCUGUCUGAGAAAUGUUUUAUCUUUUUCUCCUCCUUGAUUUUGGAGAAUGGGAACUGUCUUUUUUCAUUUGCUGAUGAAAUACACUUCUUUUUUUUUUUCCUCUUAUCUGUGUUCCACAAUUGCAGAGAUAUGGCUGGUCCAGCUAAGUCAGAGGACCUAUAUGUAGAUACUGUCUUGGUCCCCCAGAUUAGAAGUCUUUUGAUGCUAGGUGGUAUCUCAUAUGAUACUUCAUGGUUCCCUAACCCCUCAGGCAUGCCAUCUAAUGGAGCUCAGUCCUUUGUGGUAACUGUUACCCUGUAACUACAAUUGAGUGGUGUGCAGGCAGUGGGACUUAGAAAGGAGAAGUGGGAAAUAUCUUUGGAAGUGAAUAAGAGAGUCUGGAGAGCCCCAACAAGGCUCAUGUUAUCAGGAAGGAACUGCUUGUCCAGGAAUCUCCUAUCAAUCAGCACAAAGCUACAUGUAUUUCACCAUAUAGAGUAGUAGAUGCCUUACUGCCAUCCCUAUCUGUUGCAGGUAGAGUUCUCAGGAGCUGAAGGGUUUGAGCAGUUGAGGAUUUCACAGUCUUCACUGGACCAGUCCUAUGAAAUUGUAUCUGUGUCUGAAACUGCAUCAUCCAUUUUUGCAUGUGAUUAAAACUGCCUUUGCUAGCAAACUUCUUUACCAGCUUUUGUAAAUAUUUGAAUGCAUGCAUAUGCUGUGCUGUUAUUUCAUUGCUGUAGAUUUGGAAAAGAGUCUCAAAUAUGUGGCUGUUAUAAUAAAUAUAUAAAUACAAAAGGGAUGGUUCUGUGGAUAGAGGACUACCCAAUUCCUUUGUGCCUUCAGGAAUGAUAAAUAGCAUUCUGUCUUUACA